GGGAGUUUCGGUUUCGCAUUCGCUGAGUAACCUCAUCAUAGGUAGAAAUGGGUGAUCAGGCGGCGGUGCGUAUUAUGUCUUUUAAGAAUGCUGGCAAGAGUGCAGACGAGAUGCGACGUCGUCGUCAGGAAGGGCAAGUGGAACUUCGCAAGAACAAACGAGAAGAAACACUUCAAAAGAAAAGGAACAUUCCUACUGGAACUAAUGGACCACAGACGGCUAAUGAUCCCGUUGACACAGAAAUCGAUGGGACUGGAAAGUCUACGUUACUAAAUCUGGAAUCCAUAGUAGCGAAUGCUGAGAAUGAAGAUCCAGCUGUCAGAUUGUUGGUCGUUCAGUCAGCUCGUAAGCUUCUUUCCAGUGAUCGGAAUCCUCCUAUUGACGAGCUUAUAAAUGCUGGUAUGCUACCAAAGUUGGUCGCCUGUCUGACAAGUGAAGAUCCCAAUCUUCAAUUUGAAGCUGCCUGGGCCUUGACGAAUAUUGCAUCCGGCACAUCUGGACAGACUCUAGCUGUUGUUCAAGCAGGAGCCGUACCACGUUUUCUAAAGCUGCUGUCUUCUUCACACCCUAAUGUUUGCGAACAGGCUGUUUGGGCCUUAGGUAAUAUAAUCGGAGAUGGUCCUGUAUUAAGGGAUUACGUAAUCAAAUUGGAUGUCAUAAAACCACUAUUAAAGCUCUUAACACCAAAUAUACCAUUGAACUUCCUACGCAAUGUCACCUGGGUGAUGGUCAACCUUUGUCGCAACAAGGACCCUCCUCCUCCUGCCUCAGCUAUCAGAGAACUUCUCCCGGCUCUCUUAUAUUUAAUAAAACACACCGAUGAUAGUAUUCUCGUCGACACUGUUUGGGCUAUAUCUUAUCUAACUGACGGUGGAAACGAUCAAAUCGAAAUGGUUAUAAAUGCAGAGAUAGUGCCUCAUUUGGUUCCAUUGUUAUCACAUUCAAGUUUCAAGGUGCAAACUGCUGCGUUGCGUGCCGUUGGAAAUAUAGUUACAGGUUCAGACCAACAAACUCAAGUUGUUUUGGAUUGUGGAGCUCUAAGUCAUUUUGCAUCUUUGUUGACUCACCCGAGAGAUAAAAUUAACAAAGAAGCUGUCUGGUUUCUAUCCAAUAUUACUGCAGGGAACCAAAGUCAAGUCCAAGCUGUGAUAGACCAUGGACUAGUCCCGUUAAUUAUCCAUCAUCUGGCUGAAAGCGAGUUCUUGACACAAAAAGAAGCUGCAUGGGCUAUCUCGAAUCUAGCGAUCAACGGAAAUGCUGAACAGGUAAGGUACGUCAUCGACCAACGCGUUAUUCCUCCGCUUUGUAAAAUGUUAAAUACCAGAGAUGUCCAGGUCGCUCAAGUUGUUUUGGAUGGAAUAUCAAAUAUAUUGGCAGCAGCUGGCGAUAACUUGGAACAGGUCACAACUGCAAUCGAAGAAUGUGGUGGGUUGGAUCUUAUCGAAGCUCUUCAAGAACAUACAAAUAUCGAUAUAUAUCGUUUGGCAUAUGACAUAAUCGAACGAUAUUUUAACGAAGGGGUAAGUUAUAUUUUUGGGAUAAUUAUCGCCUCAAGCUCUAUGAUUAGCAUAGAUGGUGUAUCUAUACAAGAAAUUACUUGAUUUAUUGUCAAACUUUGUUGUAAUCUUAUCCACUGAAAAACAUACUAUUAAUAUUCUGAUAAACCAAUACUAAAAGAAAUAGCAUAAAUAGUCGUGUCUAGAAAGCUACUAAUAUUAGCUCAUUUGUUGUAGGUUAAACUUCAGGAGUUCUGUACGGGGCUUAGGUUAAUGAAAAGACACUCAUCGUAACCUUGUUGUUAAACAUAUGAAUAAACAGCAAUAAAAUGCCUUACUCCUGAGCACCUAGAAGCUAUUAUUAACAGAGUUCUUUUUAAAAAUACUUGGUUCUCAGGUAACUGGUAUUAUUUUGUAUUUUUCAACCGAAGUAGUUAGAAUGUUGGCCUUCAAUGUCUAACCUGGAGUUUUUGUAAGAAUCUCCGUAGAUUUAAACGACAUUCCCCAGUUUCAUUGAGUUUACCUGAACUUAUGAUUCACGCUUUUAAAAUCAUGCACCAAUCCAUUGUUGAUCAGAAUAACCAAAAUAUUUAGAAAUUCAUGGUAAGGAUUUCUCACUCCCAAAAAUAACUGAUGAGCUCUGUUUUCAGAAAAUCCAUCUAUUUGUUUGUGGAGCACCCUCUUUCUUCAAUUGAAUGCUUUUUCAUUAUGGAUUCACUAAUUUCGAUACAUGUAAUUUUUUACUAUUUACAGAUGAUUGACGAUCCAAAUACAACUGGGGUUGCUGAAGAUGAACAUUUGGGUGAUUUUAUCUCGGUACCACAAGUUCCAGCUACUUUCCAGUUUGACGCUGAUCAGUGUAACACUGAUGCUACUAGAGGGUUCGAUUUCUAGUUAAUUAACGUAGCCGCUAUAAUGUAAUGGUUUAUGGAAGUAAGAUUUUGGUCUUUAAAUCACUUAGGUUAUUUCCUUCGUAUUAAUUACAUCAGUGCGUGUCACAAUUAAUAUUUUGACUUUCAUUUUAUCAUCCGUAGUUUAUACAUUAUCUAUGGCUCAAAUUAUUUUGAUAUGCUCCGACCUUCAAUGGAAUUCCGCUUGUUUAUUACCUUUCACAAUGCUUUCCUUUCUCACGAUCCGUAACAGGUCUUACAUUCAUAUUUUCAUAAAUUCUUGCCUUUGAUAGCCAACCUAGUAGAAUGAUCUAACAACCGCCCCUCCUGUUUUGCAUUUAAUUAAAGCCGUUCAUGCGGUUGUUGCUGUACUGUUCCAUUCCUCUUAGUUCUCAACCAUUAGAACAAAAAUCUUUCUAUUUCGUUAGCUCAUUCGUUUUUGUUUCACAUUUUAUCCAUCCAAGAUUUUGCUCCAAGGUCCCCGUCUGUUGCAUUGCUAAUUCUUCAGGAUUUUCCUUAGAUUCAUUUUGUAUGUCUGUAUAAAACUUUAUGGUUGCCUUGGCUGUUUGCCUAUUCCUAUUUAUUUAUUUAUUCAUGAUUGUUUGGUUUUAUCUCACCUGUUUUUUUGAUCAUGUUAGUAUGUCUUCCUAGUUUUUUUCAUUUUGGGUUAACUCAAUACUAUCGUAAUGAAUUGUUUGAGCUAACCUUUCAAUCAGUCUGAGUUUAGCCUUCAUUUUUUUCACCAAUCAGAUUCUCAAUUUUUCCUGGUGUGACUGUGUAACUUAUUACUUUGCCUUUGUCUUUCGGUACCUCUGUACCUAUUUGCCUUUUCUGUGUAUUUGUCCAUUGCACUACCUUCUUUUGGUCUUCCGCGUUACUAUUGAUUUUGAAUUUCCGAACUUUUGUGGCAUGUCUGUGAUCUUUAAAUAGUAUUGUUUGGUUCCACUCUAUUUCUCAUUUUAGUCGUUUUACUUAGCCUUUGUUAUACUGAGUUCAUCUGUUUUUGGCUUCUACCUUGUCUUUCUUAUCUUCCGUCUCUAAGAUUUUUGUGUUCAACAAAAUGAAUACCUUUCUUGGUUUUUACUGCUGCCUGUCUGUAUAUAUCUUCUAUUUUGUCCCCAAGCAUUGUCCUUUUCAAACUUUCCAUUCCUAUUUUGUCUUUUCGGGCGGUUGUGUAUCUAUUUUUGCCAUUUCUAAUUUUGCUUCACUCAUAUUUCCUGAACUUUUUUCUUCGAAACUACCAAAAUGCUAAACACAGUUUGUUUACCUGUCAUUAAAUGCGCAGGACUAUGUCGGGAGUUGUACGCAAAACGUUUGUAAUCGAUUUCACUGAACUGUUAAUUGUUAAAUACAUGUGUUAUUGUGAGUAAUCCUU